AAUGCAGAACUGCCAUCGUCUUCAACUGUUUCUAGUCGGUUGCUUCACAGUGCAACACACGAGUAUUGUUGGUGGAGUCACGCGUUGCUAUUUAUCGUUCAGCGCGCAUGUUUAUGAAUUUUAACAAAACCUGACUUGUUUUGAUCAAGAUGUCGGCGUCGUUGAUCAGAAGAGGAUUGGAGCUGCUGAGUGAUGACAUUAAUGGUUUGUUUACCCUUGUAGCUUGUUAGCUAGAGCGCAGUUAGCUGCAGUAGCAUGAGCAUCCGGAUCUUUAUCCCCGACCGAGGUUCGUGAGUUCGGGUCUAGUUUCACCUUUACCAGUUUGUUCUUUUAGUUUUGUGUUAUUCAUUUUAUUUUAUUUUAUUUUUUUUUUUUUUUUGUUCCUAUGGUGUGGCAGUUGGCAAAUUAAACAGAAAAGCAAGCAAGUUAAGAUUCAGUAAAGAGCAGAUAAAACCCGAAGUGCAAGAGAAAAGGGAACAAUUAAACAUUAGAAAGUAACAUUCUUAAAAAAAAAAAUAGGUCCUUAAAUUCGUUAAGUUUUUAAAGUAAUUUGAGUAUCGUGACUCUUGGUGAAGUGACAUUUUACUACAGCACUAAAUCGCUAUAAAUGGUCAAUGUUAUAUAGAGUAUUUACUUGCUUUUAAAGUUAAGGUUGUUUUUUCUUUUUAUGUUUUGAAAUGUGUUUUAACCCUGGUAGAUGUCAGUAAAGUGGGAAAGAAGAAAAAGCAGCAGCAGACUCCCAGCUCGACUACAGUCAUGGCGCUGGUGAGCACCAAGAGGCAAGGAGUCACCAAGCAGGUCAAACGCCUGCAGGGUCGCCUCAGACCUGGCAAGAGCAAAGCUACGGUUAAAGACAAGAAGAUAAAGUCUGCAGUGGGUCAGUUACAGCACAGUGUUUGUAAGAAAACACAUCUUUAACAAAUAUUUAUAAUUUAUUCCAGCAAAUUGCAGCUAAGGGGUUCUUAUAAGGUAUCAUUACAGAACUGCAAGCUUUUACAAUGCUUGGCCCUCUGAUGUGACCUUGUUAAAUGACAUCAGUCAUGUCUUCUUGCUCUGAUCUAACUAUUCUCCUUUGGUGCUGAUCACAGAGGAGUUCAGGAAGAAGCAGAGGAAGAACCAGAUGAGUACUAACCUCAAGUACUUUAUGAAAACAGACUGCAAAGCAACAAGCUCAGACACCUUGAAGGUAAAAAAGGUGAAAGUGCUCGCUCAGUACAGUUUGAAUUAAGUUCAUCAUGCACUUUUGACCUGGUCUGUCUGUCUGUCUGUCUGUCUGUCUGUCUGUCUAGAUCUUGAGUCACAGUACGGGAAGACAGUCCAGGAAUCGCCCCAAGAAACCAGCUAAGGAAAACAAGGAGUCACAGUCUUUGUUCACAGAGGCAGAGUUCCAGCAGUUUCAAAGGGAAUACUUUGGGAGGACUGUGGAGAAGAAAUAAUGGGGCACAUCCAAACAGACAAGACACUGCAGACACAGCGGAAAAUCUUAAGCUGUGCUUUGAUGACUAUAUUUGAUUACUGGACCAGAUAGUGUUCUGGAAGGUCACAUGUUUCAGCAACAGAAUAAGACUACAGAUGGGAAAUGCUGAUAUGACUUGUACAUCUGAUGGUGACUGCAGACAAAGAAUGAUCUCUGUUCAUUUUCCUGCAAAGAGUUUAACUCCAGAUUGGCUCCACUGUGAAUAUGCUGUGGCAUUAACUCACUAGCCUUAAACUAAGGGUGUAAUGUUGCUUAUCUAAAUGUCCAUAUUUUAAUUAGCUGCACCCUCACUCUUCAUCUGACUUAUAUAAUUUUCAAUUUUUUCAAAUGCACUAAUAUGAGUUUUGACAAGAAAAAGAAGUUUUGCUUGUCAUGGAAAUGAACAUAUAUUUCAAAGUCAUGAUUAACUCAGCUUGUGUUCCUCUGUAAAAACCUUCAUCUGGUCCUUUUAAAAACCGUUCAAGUUUUUUUAAAAUAAAUGUGGGAAGCACUGGCAUUCCUGUUUUAGUGACUGAUUAUUUUCAGUAAAUUUUUGUUUGUCAGCAAAAUAUUCCUUACGCUGAAAACAAAUAAAAAGAACCAUACAACCAUCUUUCCUUUAUGUACCUAAAUUAAAACUGAUCCAGUUCAGAACUAGCUUGUUGUGAUUGGUCCUAAUUUAUUAAAGAAGUGUAUCCCCUUCAUAACACUAGAAAAGCACUCAGAGAGCGCAGACCUCCGCCAAGCAGCUCAUGUCCCCCCUUAUAUUGUGAUUCACACCAAAACUUUUACUGUUGCAUGUCUUAUAUUAAAUUUUAUUUGUGUUUAAACUGGUAUGUUCACUGUUCAUAAUGUUCCUAAAACAACAAAGCUCAUAUUAGAUACAUAAAUGCAUGAUUUAUUAUGCAAUAUUUGUAAGCGUACACUUCCUUAUAUCUUCAUUGGUGAUCUUUCAGCAUUGAAAAUUCCAACGACCCCCUUAUUUUUGUGUGUUCUGGAUCACAGUAUCCGGAAUUUUGUCUGGAUCAGGAUCAACCUUUGACACCUCAUAAAACUCAUUGAGAUCA